CACUGGGUAAUUUCUCAGCCAUGUUGUUAUUUCCCAUAAUGAUUUAUUAUUUUAAGUUGGGUGUAACUGGAGCUGCAAUUUCCACUGUCAUAUCUCAAUACAUUAUCACCUUCUUAAUGAUAUGGCAUCUAAAUAAGAGGGUUAUAUUAUUGCCUCCAAAGAUGAGAGCCCUGCAAUUUGGUGUCUAUUUGAAAUCUGGUGGUUAUCUUAUUGGAAGAACUCUUGCUGUUUUAACGACCAUGACAUUAGCGACUUCAAUGGCUGCUCGUCAAGGUCCUGUGGCGAUGGCUGCCCAUCAGAUAUGCAUGCAAGUAUGGUUGGCUGUAUCUCUUCUAACAGAUGCAUUGGCUGCAUCUGGUCAGGCUCUAACUGCAAGUUAUUUGUCAAAAAGUGACUACAAGAAUGUGAGAGAAGUUGCAAAUUUUGUGUUGAAGAUUGGUCUGGUCACUGGUGUUUCCUUGGCUUUAAUUCUGGGUGUAUCUUUUGAUUCCAUGGCCACCUUAUUUACAAAGGAUGUUGAAGUAUUGGGAAUUGUCAGAACGGGGAUAUUGUUUGUUAGUGCUAGUCAACCUAUAAAUGCACUGGCAUUUAUUUUUGAUGGUCUACAUUAUGGUGUCUCUGACUUUCCAUAUGCAGCCCAAUCUAUGAUGUUGGUUGGAGCAGUAUCUUCUCUGUUUUUGCUGUAUGCCCCAUCAAUUGUAGGCCUUCCUGGGGUUUGGUCGGGCUUGGCUCUCUUCAUGGGCUUGCGCACAACUGCAGGAUACUUUAGGUUAAAAUCAAAAUCUGGCCCAUGGUGGUUUCUGCACAAGGACUUGCAGAGUGUUCAGCUUGCCAAUUGACAAUGAAUGAUCCCGAAUCAAUUGCUGGACAGUUGGGAGUAUUGCACAUACAGGCAGAUUGAGAAAGCUUAGAGCAAUUCAUUCUCAUAGGGUGGCUGAUAAUUUUGGUUAUCAGCAUGGAGACCUUCCUCAUUUUUUUUAAACAAUCAUCAUUUUAUUAAUCUAUGAUUUUUUUUUGAUUAUCUUUUUCAUCAAAUAUAUUGAUUCAGCAGUAAAUUGUGCAUUUAAUUUUUUUCCUUUUGUUAUGCAUUGAAAUUGUUCAUUUUUUUGAACAGUUAAUAAUCAUUUCCAGUUGUUGAGCAAGCUUGCGUAA